CAGGCGAGUCCUGCUUCCCUCGCAGGCUCCUGCUGACAGCCCCUGGCUCUGCUGAGAACCCGCAGCCUUCGCUCCCCGCUGCCCCCGCAGAGCCUCCUGCUGCUCCUGCCUCCCCGCGGGACUCCGCUGUGUUGCCCCCUGGGCCUUAAGCACGUUCUCUGCAACUGGUGCAGGGGUAAGUCACAGUGGAGGGACACCAGCUCUGAUGUACGGCUGCAGAGGGUGGAAAAACGUGUUGGUAUUUGGCUGCUAUCACUCUUUGGUUUCUCUUGACCGCCCCAGUCUGCUGCUCCUGAACUCCUCCUCAGUCUGUUUCCUCCUUGCACACUCGGACCACCUCCCUGGGGGUCCCAGCAGCUCCUGUGGCUCCAUAAGGUCUCUUCUGAGGGUUACAGCAGCGUGCAGCAAUCCUUGGCCAGCUAGGUGCCUUCUUAUCCCAUCGUAUCCCGACUGCUUCUGCUCAGUCUGCAGUUUUAAAGACUACUUUGCUCCCACAGUUUGCUGAAGCUUCCUUUCUCUUGAAUUUUCUUCCACCUUUCUCUCCUGGCUGCCUCCAUGAACCUCUUCUUCACCAAGUCCUAUGGGCUGUUUUCCUUCCAAGCAGCAGCUCUCCCAGCAGUGCUUUGUGCUGUCCUGCAGAUCGGGCCUUUUCUGCUGAGUUACACAAAGAGCCCAGAACAAAUGCAGUGCUUGCCUUUUGUCAUGUUUUCAAGCUGAAGAUACCCGUGUGUCUCCAGCAUUGCUUUGAGGCUCCCACAGCAGAGCUGCUUGGUGCUUUCUCUCAGCAUUCAUCACCCGGGUGCCACCCUCACCCAGCUGCUUUGUGAGUUGCUGUCACCUUUGCUAAAGCUGCUUCCCUGGUAGUAAAGAAGCUGGGGAUGGGCAGGGUGCCCUCCCAGGCAGAGAGCUGAGCCCCUGCCUGCCCAGCAGCUGAGCUUGGCUCUAGAGAAACAAGAAACCAGAGGAGAAGUGGUGUUUACCACAGCACACUGGGAACUGCCACCACCUGCUCCAGCUGAGGGUGAUGUCCUGUGCUGGGGCAGUCACACACCUGGGCUGAGGUUUUGCUUCUUCUUUAGUUUAUUUUUUUAUUGCCUCACCAACUCUCAAGCUGCUCCUGUGUAAUAGUACUGGUAUAAAAAUAUAUUUCAUUUAGACCAAACCUUUCUCUGACUACGUCAAGUGUAAGAGCACAGAAGGAACAUUCUGAGAAUGUCUCUCAGUAACCUGAUGGUUGGUGUCAGAGGCAGGGUGGCUGUAAGGCUGUUGUCUUCAGAUGUAGUGUGGGCACAGAAUCUGGGCUGAGGGAGGGUAAAAUAUCAAUGCAGUCAUCUGCCCUGCUAAUGUGGGGGAAGGAGCAUUGCUGUGUCUUUUUGGAUAACCUGGAAAAUAACCUGCCCUGCUGCUGUUGAUCUGGCAGGAACUGCAGUUAGCCCUGCACUUAAUGGAUUAUUGUUGGAAGAGGGAAGUGCUUGUUUUUGUGUGUGUGUGGGGACUGGCCCAGAAUGCAGAAAUGCUGCAGCUGAAAACACGUGGCUGACUCGGAGUGUCUGAGCCUCUCCAGGAAGGGAGUGUGCCGUGUGUCCCUCUAGUGGACUGCUCAAAGCCAUGGUGGGAACUGGAAACAGCAAUUGCCAGGAGUACGAGCCUGAGGGUUCUGUCUAACACCCCCCACAGGCAGAGUGAAGCAGUGCAUGGUUUUAUUAUGGUGUGGGGUAUGAGCUGUGACACAACAGGAAAGUAUGAGAUCAAAAAGUAGAGGCAACAUGUUAUCAAAUCUGACUGACCAUUGUACUCCACAGGUGUUUGGAGUUGUGGUUCAUUAUUCUACAGGAAGAUUGGAUUAGCUUGGAGACCAUUUUCUCUUAUGUACAGUGAGAAAAGGGAAGUCUCUCUAAUUUGAGACCUUCUAAGAAAGCAGAGGCAUCUGUUUUUCACCAGUCAACUUGAGUAACAACAUUCACAACCUGUAAGACCGACAUCACUAAAUUGAGAGCCAGUGCCGGUUUUCCAGUAAGUGAACCAAGUAAAUACAUCAAACCAACCUGCACUGGCUCAUUGGUUCAGCAGGGAACUGUGCAGCAGUCAGAGACAUCGGUGUCAUGUUUUAACAGCACGUUGGUGCUUAACACCAGCACCUCCAGCAAACCAUGAAGACUAAAACCAAAGGAAAGAAGCAAAGGCAAACUGCUGACAAAGAAGGGUUUUCCGAGGAGCCGGCAAUGAGAAAAAAAGAACUGGUGAAAUGUUUGCGACGCAGAGAAAGGAGGAAUGGGCCAAACAAGGAGAGCAGCAAGAUGACUGCAGCCAGAGCCAAGAGCCCUUGGAGCACCAAGGACAGGCACCUGAGGAGGCUGGAGAGCAACGAGCGGGAGAGGCAGAGAAUGCACAAGCUCAACAACGCGUUCCAGGCCCUGCGCGAGGUGAUCCCUCACGUGAGGGCUGAGAACAAACUGUCCAAAAUAGAGACCCUCACACUGGCCAAAAACUACAUCAAAUCCUUGACCUCCAUUAUACUCAAUAUGUCCAAUGGACACUUUCCAGCAGCAGAAGGGGUGGGAGGAACCUGGGGGUCCAAAUUGUACCAACAUUAUCAACAGCAACAUGGGGAGGAUGACCAUGAGGAACAUCUACAGAAAUGUUCCAUGUAGAUUCAUAGCUUCAGCCUAAGAAAGCUUUGCAGAUGUUUACAUCAACAAGUAUUUUAGAAGUUUUUAUGCUUUGCAAGGUUCCAAAAUUAUCAGAGCAGAUCCCUAAAAGAUAAAUAUCAAGAUAAAUACUUCGAUUUAGUGACUGAUUUCCCAUAGGGUCACUUCAGCCAUCAGUUUUCAUUUCCUCUGUGGCUGGGAGAUCACAGCAGGCACUGCAAGGUUUCCAGACCAUCCAGCCUCAUGAAGACUUUCUUUAGUGAGUGUCUGGCUAUCCUUGCAAUACAAAUAAUAAAUAAGGGACAAAUGGCUUAUUUUUGCCAAAAUAAUGAUAAAAAUGCUUUGGGAUAGUAUUAAGUUAGACAUGGUUUAGCCAAUUUAAAUUAUUUGCUAACGAAGCCUGUGAUGUGAUCGUGUUCUUUUGGGGUUAGUGUUAAAUU